UCCAGCGACUAAUCGGCAAUGAGUCAACUGAAAGAAUACUUACGGAGUGGAUAGCUUAGUGUACUGAGAGCGACACAGCAGACAACUGAAACCUUCCAAACAGUGUGCUGAGUUUGUGUGCAAGCAGCGAUCCCUCAUCAACAAAGAAAAGUUUUCGCAUCACGAGUAUCAAGACCAAGAAGAGCAAGAAGCAGUGAAAAAUAAGCAAGAGAGAGAGAGAGAGAGAGAGAGAGAGAGAGAGAGAGAGAGAGAGAGAGAGAGAGAGAGAGAGAGAGAGCAACCACGAUGAACCCUCCUGCCAUUCCUCUCCUGCUUCUGGCGCUUCUACUCGCUGAUUCCGCUGUUCUGAUGGAAGGAUCUACACCAACGCUCUCAACAUCACCACCAACACCACCAACAUCUCUACUACCACUAUCAACAUCACCAUCAUCAUCUUCGAAUGAGACACAACCACAACUACAAUCAUCACCACCACCACAACCAUCACUACUACCACAACAAACGCCGGAUGCAACUUCACUGCCUUCGCUAUUAUCAUCAUCAGCGUCACCAUCACCACCAACAACAUCGAUACCAACAACAACAAUAGCAACAACAACAAGCCCAGCAACAUCAUCAGUAUCAGUGUAUUGGUGGCUUACUGCUACUUCCUCAGCUUACUCUACGUGUCCUGAGUCUGAUCAGAUCCACUGUGGUACCAGCGACAGAUGCACGAGGAUCAGGUACAUCUGUGACGGCGACAACGACUGCGGCGACGGCACUGACGAGUCUUCCGCCCUGUGCAGAGCAUGGAGGAACAACGACUGUGACCGUAACCUAGCUCAAUGCAACCGCCUGGGACGCUCGGAUUGUGUCACCAUCAGCAACUAUUGCACUCUGACCGAUCCACCGUGCGAGGGCACCCUUGAUAUGCGUCUGUGUGUGAUGCUGAGGAACGGCAAGAUUCAGCCUUUGUACACCUUAGAGUUACCUACCACCACGCCCAGCACCACCGCGGCACCCACCACGCACUUGCCCCUGCAUGUUAUGGAGGAGAUGUGGAGCGACGAUUUCGAGAAGAAAUUAACUCACACCAUCAGCCAUCCUGACUGCCCACAACUGUAUACUCGUGUCGGGAACCUGUGUCUCUCUGUUUUCUUUAUUGGCAACAUGACAUGGCUUGAGUCCCGCGCGUUCUGUCGUGCUAUUGGUGGAGAUCUAUUCACCCUUGGAAAAGACCUGACUUCCUUCACUACCCUUGUCCAACACCUUGCUGUCAACGGAGUGACUGCAGACUUUUGGAUUGGCGGGCGGUAUGUCAACGAAACAGCAGGAUGGAUGUGGGUGGAUGACACAUCACUCGCAAUGGGUUCCCCCUUCUGGGCGGUCAGAUUUAACGAAGAAUGUUCAACUCGCCCCAUACCUUACCUCAACCGCACACAACCAGCCAAUGACGGAGCGUGUUACCACUACCAGCAGGCCCCAGCAACAUUAUCAACCCACCAUUGUGUUGCCUCCACCUACCAGCAUUACUUCUACCUCACCGAUGAAAACUGCUUCAACAAGAAGAGUCCUUUGUGUGUUAUGCCUGGAGAGAAAAAGCAACAAGCACAUUAAAUAUUAUGAGCAGUUGUCUGCAACUGUGUUAUCAGCCAUCCUUAAUGGUGUCAUUAUAGCUCAAAAUAUGAGCGAAAAAUAAACUUAAUUAAAAAAAAAUAAGUAAAUUAUACAUAAUAAAAAUAAUAAUGACAAUUUCCUAAUUUUAGGCUCUGUUUUUUCUUCAAAGUAAAUAGUCUUACGAACUUAAAUUAUUAUGUUCUGAUUCCUAAACUAGUAGCCAACUCGUUUUAUGAAAGACAAACUGUUAGAUGGUAAUGUUAAGCCCCUGUUGACCUAACAGCAAGUAGGUUGUGGCCUCGCUGUCCAGGUAUGGUGUGUGAGUGGUCUCAAUCCUACCAAAAGAUCGGUCCCUAUGAACUCUAAGCUCUUUCCGUUAGGCAGUGGCUAGCUGGGUAACCAGCAGAAGACCGUUGGUGAAGGACACACACACACCCACACACACACACACACAUGAAUAGAUAGCUGAAACAAGAGUGGCAUUCGACAUAAAAUAUUGUCCCUGAUGUGACUAAGUGUCCUAGAAUUAGGUCAUUUGUUCAAUAUUUAAGAAUUCUAUCAAAUUUUAAAUUAAGUGUUUAUGGACCGAUACUGAAAUCUGUAUGUAACUAACCGUGUAACCAAGAUAAAAAUCAUGUUCCA